UGGGGGUGCGAGAGAGACGGAGGCGCGUUUCCCAGAAUUCAUCUGUCGUGCUAAACCUGCUGAGAGCAAACUAGCAUCUUCAUCGAACUACAGAAAAACAUCAUUCUGUGCGAUAAAACCUUACUCAAGGCAGGUCAGAGCAGUCGAAAGAUGAGCGGAGGGACGCCUUACAUCGGCAGCAAGAUCAGUCUGAUCUCAAAGGCCGAGAUCCGAUAUGAAGGAGUCUUAUACACGAUCGACACCGAGAACAGCACUGUAGCUCUGGCUAAAGUGAAGUCCUUUGGCACUGAGGACCGUCCCACGGACAGACCGAUCCCUCCUCGAGAGGAUGUCUUUGAGUACAUCAUAUUCAGAGGAAGUGACAUCAAAGACCUGACGGUGUGCGAGCCGCCCAAACCCACCUGCAACCUUCCUCAGGAUCCCGCCAUCGUGCAGUCCUCUUUGGCAUCCAGCGCCGGCCCCACGGCUCCUUCCUUCCAGUCAUAUGCCCCGUUCAGUCGGGCCCCGUACAGCCAGUUCAGCUCCAGUCCGAUGGUACCCCAGCCGUUCGGAGCAGCGGUCACAACUGGUCGUUCCAGUCCAUCUCUGGAGCCCUCGAGGAAGACCCCGACCCUGGAGCAUGGGGUCCAGACGGCCCCGGUCGCCCCCCCCACGGCUGCAACCAGUACUGUGAGUCAGAGGAGCCCUGGAGUGACCCUACCCGCUCUCAACACCCAGAAAUCUGCUGAAAACCAGGAACAGAAAGCUACAGUGUCUGAUGUUCAGAAGGUUCCUCGGCCAGAAUCAGACUCAAACAGGCCUGAUAACAAAGACCCGAACAAACGGCAUUCUGGUGGCGGUGCUCUUCCAGUGAGAAAGGGGCGGGGCAGUGGUGGAGGAGGCGGCGGUCAGCGUGGGCGGGGCAGGUUUAACGGGCGUAGAGAUGGACCAAUGAAAUUUGAGAAUGACUUUGACUUUGAGAGUGCCAACGCCCAGUUCAAUAAAGAGGAGAUCGACCGCGAGUUCCAAAACAAACUCAAGAUUAAAGAUGAGAAGAGUGAGACAUCGGAGAAGACUCUGAACGGGGAGGAGAAGACGGAUUCAGGCGUGGAGACCCAGAACAGUGAAGGCAACGCUGAUCAGGAGGAUCCUCUGGGACCCAACUGUUACUAUGACAAAUCCAAGUCCUUCUUCGACAACAUCUCGUGUGACGACUCCAGAAAGGAGAAAUCAGGAGGUGCUUUUGGAAGGGAGCGGAGGCAGACCUGGGCGGAGGAGAGGAGGAUGAACUCGGAGACGUUCGGUAUUCCUCUGCGUCACAAUCAAGGACGCGGGGGUUUCCGGGGCAGAGGCGGCGGCAUGGGCUUCCGUGGCGGCCGCGGGCGAGCGGCUAGCAGGGGUUCGUUCAUGCCCUCCCGCGGCGGGGGAUUCAGGGGCGGCUUUAGAGGCAGCAGAGGAGGGCGAGAGUUCUCUGACUUUGAGCACAGGAAGGAGAAUAAAGUGGCGGCGUAGUUUAACCUGAAGACCAGAUCAUCCCAGCAGCCAAGAAUCUCAGAUCAUCACGUCUAGAUUAACGCUUUGGUUUCGACUCCUGAUUUACAGGAACUGCCUCUCUCUGUCUAACACCAGCUGGACACAGUUUAUUUUCUCCUUCCUUCCUUUUUUAGAAAAAGAGAUCAAAACAUUUGCUGUUUUUUGGAACCGUUUGACCUGCAUUCGAUACAUUCAGAGGAAUAAUCUGUGUACAAGAUACCAUCCAUGGAAAGAUGAUGACUAUUAUUAUUAUUUGGUAUUUUUUCGUCAACCAUUAGUUCCUUUCGUAAUAAACAGAGGAAGGUAUUUGAUAAUAUUCGGUUCCCCGCUGAUACUGUGAGCGCUCCUCAGUCGAUAGCUUUAUUAUGCCAUGUUUUUUGGAUCUGUUCUCUAAUAUCGAAGACCCAGUUUAGAGGCUGCCACCCAAACUAAACAAACGCCUGCUGCUUUCACUUCGUUUAAUACUUUCACAUGGUUUGUAGUACAAGUACUUGUGUUUUUUUAGUUCAUAAGGUUAUCUCGGCCCCCAAAAUAUCUGUUUUUGUGGAUAAUGUCUAGCAGAAA